UUCAAAAGGGCUUCAACGUACGUACAAGCAGUUGGAGUGUUAUAUCUUGAUGACAGCUCUAUCAGCAGUCUAAAUAUAAUGGCUCAUAGUUAUAAUGCUCGACAACAGUUAGAGUUCUUCCUGCUGCUUGGCAUUGUGGCGUCCUUCUGGUUCAUAACGUCAUCUCAUGCCUCAUCUACAAAGAAAGCCAAGCCAUCUCCUGGUCUCGACAUCAGCAAAGGCAAUCCCAUCGAUGACUGCUGGUAUCGGGGCCAGAAGUGGCUACACAAUCGUCAAAAAUUAGCAGCAUGCGGUAUUGGCUUCGGUGCAGAUGCACAGGGUGGGAAGGGAGGCUCCAUAUAUGAGGUCACAUCUGCCGAGGAUGAUCCUGCUUCACCGAAAGAAGGAACAUUACGACACGCUGUAACUCAGGCCAAUCCUCUGUGGAUUGUGUUCCAAGCUGAUAUGACCUUCGUACUCAAAGAAGAGCUUAUAAUCAGCAGCUACAAGACGAUUGACGCAAGAGGAGCCCAAAUCCUCUUCAAUGGCUCUUGGGGCAUCGUUGUGCAGUCCGUAACCCAUGUUAUAAUUCACGGCAUUCAUGUAACCGGUUGUCAGCGACCACCGGGCUAUUUCUCGGCUAACUACAGCAGAAUGCCGAAGAGAUCCGAAUUUGACGGAGAUGGUAUUAAGAUUAUAGACUCCCAACACAUCUGGGUAGAUCACUGCAGAAUUUCCUACUGUGCGGACGGCCUCUUAGACGUGACUGUGUCUUCAAACUACAUCAGUGUCACAAACAACUAUUUUGAGCAUAACCGAAAGGUCAUGCUGAUGGGACACAGCCCUUCAUGGGUGGCCGAUAAACAGAUGCAGGCGACCGUCGCUUUCAAUUAUUUCGGAGAGGGAGCCAUGGAACGCAUGCCCAGGUGUAGAUAUGGAAACUUUCAUGUGGUGAAUAAUUAUUAUUGGGAAUGGGGUGUAUACGCAAUCGGAGGCAGUUCUGCUCCAACCAUCUUCAGCGAGGGAAACUAUUUUAUAGCUGGGAAUGCAAAACAGGUCACAAGACGGAUGGACAAUUCUUCAGGAAAUUGGUGUUCUGUGAAUGACAUCUUUCUGAACGGUGCUUACUUCAUAAGCUCCGGCGAGCCUAAGAACUCCACUGCAUACGAUCUAGCCAAGAGUUUCAAAGCUUUAGCUUCUCAUCGGAUUCCAAAGAUUACUUCUCACUCUGGUCCUCUCCAGCUGCUUUAGAGAAUCUCACGAUCUUCUCCUUCAAAUGCAAAAAUCACGUGAUCUUUCGAGAUGUAUGAAAGCCUGGCCGAUCAGCUCAAGAUGUUAUCUUUCCCAAAACUUCAUCAAGAAUCCUCGAUAUCACAAGCUCGUAGCUUACUGAGCUCUUCUUCUCUCUAACUCUGUAGGCAUCUGAUAAAGUAACUAGUUACUUCUGAGUUACACUUAAAACACGCAAUCGGUGCUUCCACCAGUAAAGCAUGAGAAUGCACAUGAUCUACAGAUUAUGGCCGGAAAUCUUGCUCAUGUAUCAUUCUCGUGCAAGUGAAUUGAAGUCACGGAACUGACAUUGUUCAAUUUGUGAACUAAGCUUUCGCCAUAUCCAAUCGGAUACUCAUGUAAAGGAUGAGGAAAAGGAAGAUUUAAUAUGAAGAUCAUAACGCAUCUAGACGAUGCAAAUGGUUGAGU